GAGAUCCACACCAAGCUGGCAGCUCUCAGAGACCAGGGCUUGGUGCAGGGCUCCCUCACCCUGGAGCAGCAGGCCACACGUGUUGCAGGACAGCACGAUCUACAGAAGUGUGUGCGAGAUGCCAUCUUCAUCCAGGAGUGUGUACCCGAAAACCUGGAACUGAAGAAGAGUGUCUGGAAGAAGAUCGAUUCCCUGGAUAUAAAGGAUGACGUCAUCUUAUCGAGUGCUACCAGUGCAAUACUCCCGUCUAAGGAACUGGGUCAGGAUCCGGUGAUACUGAACAAAGAAAUUAAUGGAUUCGUCAUGAACCGGAUUCAGAUGGCCAUUUUGGGGGAGUGUUACAGACUCGUAGAGUGGUUUGAUCGGCAGUAGUUUCGCCAUGCUGUUCGCGUGCGCCGGCUACCAGGUGUCGCUGUACGAUGAGCUGGACGAGCAGGUGGAUCGAGCACGUGACGAGAUCCACGCCAAGCUGGCGGCUCUCCGAGACCAGGGCUUGGCGCGGGGCUCCCUCACCCUGGAGCAGCAGGCCGCACGUGUUGCAGGGCAGCACGAUCUACAGGAGUGUGUGCGAGAUGCCAUCUUCAUCCAGGAGUGUGUACCCGAAAACCUGGAAAUGAAGAAGAGUGUAUGGAAGAAGAUCGAUUCCCUGGAUAUAAAGGAUGACGUCAUCUUAUCGAGUUCUGCCAGUGCAAUAGUCCCGUCUAAGAUAAGUGAAGAACUCGCUCACAGAUCGCGGUUUGUCGUCAGUCAUCCGACCAAUCCCCCGUUCUACUGCCCUCUGUUGGAGAUCAUACCAGCCCCGUGGACAGACCCGGGUGUGGUAGUAAAGACAAAAUCCUUGAUGCAGGAACUGGGUCAGGAUCCGGUGAUACUGAACAAAGAAAUUAAUGGAUUUGUCUUGAACCGGAUUCAGUACGCCAUUUUUGGGGAGUGUUACAGACUCGUAGAGGAUGGUAUUAUCAGUGUGCAGGACUGCGACAAAGUGAUGUCAUCAGGACUUGGGACUCGCUAUGCUUUUAUGGGACCUUUUGAAACGGGUUAUUUGAAUGCUGAAGGGUUCGAAAGCUAUUGCGACCGGUAUAGAGAUAUGAUAUACAAACUGCAGACGGAAUUGGGAAGCCCCAGACUAAUGGGCGGGGAUACAAUGAGAAGAAUACACGAAGACGUCGGCAACAUGUUCGGAUCGGUCGAAAACAUCGGUCAGCGCAGACAGUGGAGAGAUGAUCGGUUAGCUGCCUUGGCCAAGUUGAAAAAAGACGCCGACAAGCAAAACUGACUUAUAACAACUUAAUUACCUCGAUCUUUGAAUAAAUAUUGAGUUAAUUAAUGGUGAAAAGGUUUCAGGCAAACCAAUUUUUUUCCGAAUAUCUCCAUUUUUUGGCCCGAAUUUGAGAAUUUGUCCCAGCUCGGGGGUGGGGUGAGGGUAGGGGCGACUGCCCAUGUACUCAAUGAUAUAUGUUUAAGGAGAUAACAAUACAGCUUGUUUCAAGAAAUUAUAUAAACAUCUUUCUAAGAUUUUGAAACUAAGCAGGCGCGUGUGCAGACUGAUGUACUGGAGGGAGGGAUAGUUGUGGCGCGUGAAGUUUUUAAGCGGGUCGGGUCAUGCUUCUACGCAAAAUACUUUUUAUUUAAAUGAAAUGUUUCUUGGACCAGGGGGUUCGAUCCCCAACCUCACACACACACACACCUUCCCCAGCACACGCGCAUGACAAGACUCGUUAAAUGAUAGUCUAUAUAUAGUGCAUUUUUCUAAACGUUUAGCCAUGAGCUGUAUUGUGUUGAUAUUUUAAAAAAUGGAAUAAAAUUGAUUAUAUUCUCAA